AUGGAUGAAUGGAUGUGCGGUCCUAACUUUCUCCACCUCAAUGAACAAGAGUGGCCAGUGGACAAAGCUACAAUCGAUCAAAAACAUGAGAAUCUAGAAAGACGAAAGACUCAGACAGUCUUAGUCAUCAACAUGACAGUCACCCCAAUCGAAUGUGAACGCUUCUCAAAAUGGCGAAAGUUAGUAAGAGUGACUGCCUACGUUUUCAGAUAUGUGCAGAUUCUCAAGUCAAAGCUCAUGAAAGCAUCCAUACCGGAAGAUGAUGUAACUUUAACUCCUGCAGAAUUAGAGAAGGCUGAGCACUACUGGACGAAGGAGGCUCAGAAAGGUCUGAAGAGCAGAUUUGAGAAAGGGGAAUUCAAAACUCUCACUCCUUUCCUUGACAACAAAGGAAUAAUCAGAGUAGGGGGUAGAGUGGAGAACUUAGUGACAUCCUACGAAUCUAAACACCCAGCUCUGCUGCCAGCUAGCCAUCAUAUAGCUCUUUUAAUCACACGCCAUGUUCAUGAGAUUGGACAUCCGGGAGUUGAGACAACAACCGCCAAGACUAGACGUAAGUUUUGGAUUCUUCAGGGACAUCGUCUAGCUAAAACUGUUAAGCAUCGAUGUGUGAAGUGCAGGUCAGCAGAAUGUAAGCGUGAAACACAGAAGAUGGCUGAUUGGCCGAGCAGUCGCCUAGCACCCCAUACUCCACCGUUUUAUUACACGUCCUGUGAUUAUUUUGGUCCAUUUCAAGUUAAAGUUGGUCGUAACAAGAGGGCCAAACACUAUGGUGUAAUCUUCACAUGCCUAAACACCCGUGCAGUUCAUCUUGAAAUCGCGACUGAUUGUUCAACAAUGGAAUUUCUCCACGUUUUAAGGAGAUUCUUCGCAGUGAGGGGACAACCAGCUCAGAUUCUUAGCGAUAAUGGUACCCAAUUUGUCGGAGCUCAACGCGAACUUCGCGAGAUGAUAUCGGGAUGGAGUGAAGAUGAGCUCAAAGAUUUCUGUGCGGAAAAAAGAGUACAGUGGAAGUUCAUUACCCCUGGUGCACCCCACCAAAAUGGGUGCGCAGAAUCGCUCGUGAAGAGUGCUAAAAUUGCAAUCAAGAAAGCAAUCGGUUUUUCGGUUUACGGCCGUUUAUAG